AUGGCUACUCCUCCAACUACCACCGAGGCCAGACCCGCCAAGCGGCGGUGCGUCCCUCUGCCUCAGGAUCAUCCCAUUCUUUUAGGAGGGGAAGGCGCGGGAAAGGUUUUCCAACAUGAAUCCUUCGCUUCAUUUUCUCGUGAACUGUGUAUUCAGCAGGAGCUGGCGUCCGUUGGCUCUGGAGCUGUGGGGGGUGACCUCUCUGCGGCGGCGCUGCUGAAAAUCGUCCAGUCCCAGAACGCCGGAGGAGUUUCGAACGCCGUCCUGCGGAGUCUUUUUCCGUCACUGCAUCAGAAUUCAUCGGGAGACUGGCGUGCAAACGUCUCUGCUUCGACUCCUGCUCUCUCGUCCUCCACCGCACCUGUGUCUUCGUCUGUCCCGGGUGUCGCCGGGCAAGGGGCAGCGUAUGGCCAGCCCUCCACCGUGGGAGAUUUGAUUCCUGGUGGAGACCGAGAGCAUUUUGUGUCUGCCAGUCAGCGGACGACAUUGGAGGGUUCCCCUCUCCUUCCGCCGUGGGGCGCGGCAGCCCGGGCGGCCGCAGAAUCAGCAGAAGCGCCUGCGGGUUCAACCCUGCCUGCAGGAUCAUCCGCUCCCCCCUCGACAUCUUCCCUCUGUUCCACGUCCGAAGUCCUGGCUCUCGCCCAGACAGCGCUCCGAGCCAUGAGCGGAGGAUUUAGGGCCGCAUCUCCUCAAGCCGAGGAAAGCCCUGCGCCAGCUGCUGGCGCGUCCCCCCAGGGAUUGAGCCGCCAGUCUUUCCUGCAAGCUCUCCUCCUGUCUUCGGCUCCAGUCGGAUCUGCGGCGCCGUCUCUGUCAUCUGUGUGCACUGCUUCAGCUCCUGCCUCUGUCUCGAGGAAUGCGGGCGCAGCUCAUCUGGAGCGGAUGCUGCAGCAGGCGGCAGCGGCAGACAAGAGUUCUGUCGUGGGAGCCCCCUUCGGCGGUUUCUCACAGCCCUCGACGCCCCGGAGAGACGUGCUGAGGAAUUCUAGUCUUUUCUCAGACGCCACGGGGCUGUCUGCUGAGGACGCCAACCGCGGGCUCAGCACGCAGGGCACCAGCACCUCUUCGAUGACUGACCACGGCAGUGCUGGAGACACCACCGCGGCUGGAAAAGACGAAGAGUUGCAUGCGAAACUUGGCUCUGGCACGCGUCAAGAGCAGAGCUCGAUGGACUCCGUUGGCCUCCUUGGUCUUCUGGCUGCACUUCAGUCGUCCCAGUCUUCCCGCAACCGCGAGUCGCCCUCUUUGUCGCACCCGCUGCUCUCUUCUACUCUGAUGGGCUCCAUGCCGCCAGCUGCGUUCGCUACAUCGUCUCCAUCUUCCCAGUGCCUUUCUUCUCCGCCGUCUUCCAGCUGCUCAUUGAUGAAGGCUGAUCCUUUGUUCUCCGAUGUCUUGAAGUCCGCCCCCGAGGCGACAGCUGCCCAGGCGGCGGCAGGCCUUUCGGCUAGCACUUUGGCUGCCUUCAUCCAGAGAAACAAUGCAGUCUCUGGACUCGCAGGGACCGAUUUUCUUUCUCAGUUGCAGGGCAGAGGCUUUCGUCAGGCGUUCUCGUCGCCGGAGGCCUCUGUAUUGCCCUCGUCUCUUUUGGCCGUCGGUGCUGAGCCCUUGAGAUCGGAUGGAGGCAGUGGCGCAGCUGCCAAGCAUCCGAGCGCCCCUUUUCUGCAGUCCGCCCUGCGACUUCCGUCGCCUCAUCAGGCUCUGCUGGAAACUUUGCUCGCCUCAUCCUACGCGUCCUCCGCUUCCACGUCUCUCCCAAGAAGCGACUGCGGCGAGCACCUCAUCUCACUUGCUCCCUCUGCCGUGGGUUGCCUUCCCUCUGCCUCUCACUCAGGCGCGAAUCUGGGUCAGACGCGCAAGACAGGCACCCGCGUGAAUCGGCAGGGCGCUGGGUUGCAGAAUGGCAGCGGUCGCGUGAGACGAGGUAGGAACACCCAGGGGGCUGGCUUGCCUCAGCAUCAGACGUCUACCGACAGCGUAGUCUCUUCGUCCGCUUCCUCGACGCAUGCGGGAGAGCUGUCCUCGUCAUCGCAUCCCCUCGAUCUUCUGCGUCUGGGUUCUCUGAUAAGCGGCGCAGUCAAGCGGGACAUGUCCGUUCAGUCUGAUGAAACGGUGACAGUCGUCGGCGAGGCCUCGCAGCGCAGUAGCUCGCUUUCCCGGGGGCUUACUCAAGAGAGUCUGCUGCAGCUGUCUGACGGCAGCAACUCGAGCCGCGAAAGCGGGACCCCGGCGCUAGGCCCGUCCAAGGCGGCGACGGCGUCGUCCUUCGCCUCGGAGUCCAUGGCCGCGUUGGACGAGGAUGCAGUCGUUGCGGGGGCUCUGCCGGCUCCGCGUGCGCACACGUCGAGUUUCACACCUUCAAAGCCCCGGGAGAGUCGUCGGGGCGGAGCCCACGGGUCCAAUGCACCGCCUCCCGUUCCUUUGAGAGCCGAGGUUUCUUUGGGAGGAAACCGGCCGCACUACCACGUGGCGAAGCAGGAGUGGCGGGUGCGGUACUACAUGAACGGCAAGCGCAAGAUGCGGACUUACAGUGCCAAGUUUUACGGCUACGACACCGCCCACAAUAUGGCGGAAGAUUUUGCCCACUACGUCGACAAGCACGAGGCUCUACCAGAUUCCAUGAUGAUGGCAGCCAUGAUGCUUCAGGCGCAGGCCAACGCGGCAGCUGCGUCGGGACAGACAGUCCCUCUCUCGCGCGCCGUGAAGGCAUCUGCCGGGAUGACCGCCGCGGCGGCUGUGCAGAUUUCGGCGGCGGCCAAAAAUGAGAGCGAUUCAGGAGUCGAGGGCUCCGCGUCUGUCUGCGAUGCGUUUGACGUCCGGCCCGAGUCGUCUGAAGGCGGAGAGCAUGGCGCGGUUGAGCAGCACUGCCUCGCGUCGUCCGCGUGCCUGAGCUCGCUCCCCGAUCUCUCCAGUGCCGAGGCCACGGGGUUGGCUCCCGAAAGGGUGGAAGGAGAGGAAGUCGUAGCGGAGGCCUCUUGGUUUCAAGGGGCUCGCAAGACGCCAUCCCCUUCGGAUGAGAUCCUCUGCCCGUCUGCGCCCUCGGCUGACGAAGGUGGCGAGCCGGAGGGCUCGGGAGACGCCAUUUGGGCUCUUCAAGACGCUGCUCCUGAUCAAGGUGAGAAUGGCCUGUCAGGUUGUAGGGUGCGCCGCGCCGACACUGGAUCAGAGGGGGAGAUGCGGAAAGCGAAAGACGACAGUGUAGAAGGAAAGGGGGAUCUAGGAAGCGGAUGCGCAACCGAGAGACGCUUAAGUAGAGGAAAGCCCGGAGCCGAAUCAAGCUUGAGAGAAGGCCAAGAGGACAUGGGGGUGACUGCGCCUUCGUCUUUUCAAUCUCUUUCCUCGUCUCGAUCCGCCUCGUUGGACCCUCUCGCUCUCCCCCGCCCCGGAGACGUGGACACUCAGGGCUUGCCCUCUGCUUUCACCGGCUCGUCCGCUUGCGGCUCUCUCUCUCUCGCUAGUGAAGGCGCCGCCCUGCCGAGCGACGAAUCGACAUCAGAGCUUCCAUUGCAUUCCAGUCAACAUGGUAUCCAAGGAUCUGCGAGUGAUCCUUCCCUUCUCUCUCAGGAUGCUUGCCCGUCGACGCCCUUCCCGUUAACUAACGCUCACCGUGGUCAGAAUGAGAGUAUCUCUUUGCCUGGAGACGACGAUGCGGAUCCGCUACUUUCUCACCAUGGGUGUCUCACGCCAGAAUUUAAGGACGAGGGCGAACACUCCCGGCGUCGUUCACCACUCUGCGAAAGCUCAAACGGCGAGAGCUCCCCAGCACAGGACAACCCUCUUCCAACGGUCUCUUUCCACGCGCCUGGUGGCUCCCUCCGCCACGAGGCCGCCACGCCACAAAAAACUGACACGCUUCUCGCCGAUGAAGUGGAAGGGAAGACGACAAGCGUCGCGGCGACCGCGGUGGCGGCGACAGCCGUAAGCCACCAGAUCUUCGACACAAUCACCCUGUUCGGAGAGUUCCUACGCGAAUUCGCCAGGGACAAGGUCGUGCAAUUCGAUGAGCACGGAUUCGACGCAACGCCUCACAAACCGACCGCAGUCAGCUUGCGUUUAACAGGGGAGCUGGCGCAGUCAGGGUCGACUGGCCUGGCGUCGCCUCGCCUGAACAGCCAAGGGUGCGCUAAAGGAGAGGCAGGGAGCGACGGCGCCAGUCUGCCUGCAGGAGGGAGUGGGCUUGUAGCUAACGAGGCGCAGUUUGCUCUCGCUCGCGAUCUGUUCCCAGCGGAUGCCCUCGAGUGCGCCGGCGAGACCAAGCCGAGACUGAGCUCGCCAGAGCUUCUCGUUUUGUCCCACUCCCUCGUAAACCUCACGUCGUCGACGUACGUUCUCAUGCACACUCUCAAGUCUUCGCUGACGAAGUCGACCGACCAGGUGCAGCUUCACCAGUCUCUGCUUGAGCGCAGCGGCGAACAGCUGGAGCAGACGGCAAAGGCAGACGGGAGUGAGGACUCUGAGGGUCGCGAAAAGCCUCGAUAUCCAACGCUGAGCGAACAGGUCGCUUCCGCAGAUCUAACUGUCACUCCCGAGACGCGCCCGCCUCUGUCGGGGCUUCCGUCGUUCGAAUCAGAAGAGCUGGCUGCGUCCUCAUCUGAUGCGAAAGAGGAGGAUGACAUGGGGGACAGCGAAGCAGCGAGUCGCGGCAGCAGUGCGCGAGACCCAGGCCUCAUGGAUGUCAACGAGGCGCCGACAAGAGAAAGCGCCUCGUCUGAGGCCGCAAAGUCAGGGGACUCGGAAUCCGCACAGGUGCAGGCGGCAAGAGAGCGCCAAGGUGAAGGGGAUCGAAAGAAGCCCAGCGUAAUCGCCACAGCGCUCAGCCUCUUGGAAACCCACCAGCACCUGGCGUCGACAAUUUCACAGCUCCGAGGGCCCGUGUCCCAGCAACUGCGUUUUAUCCUCCAUAUCGCGGCGCCCCAGCUGCUUCCGUGUGCCUUGCCCCCGCUAGCAUCGCCGCGAGACACCUGCGACGAGGAGGGGGAGGCGCCGCCCACGAGCGCCGACCAGCAGCUGGAAGACGUUGAGGGCAGCUUGGCUGUGGAUGAAAUGCCCAGCAGCUGCGGCGACGGCGAUACGUGCAAGGCGAAGAGGCCGAGAGAGGAUGACGGCGCCGUUUCGCGGGGCGAGACGCAGACACAGGGCGUCGAUCACCGGACCUCCCCGCGAGCGUCUCGAGUGCUUCAGGACGAGGCAGCUUUGGAGCGCCUUCUGCUUGAGCCCUUCGAGGAGACGCAGUCUUGCUCCUGCGCAGACAAGCCCUGCCCCUGCGACCGCCAGCAGGUCGCGGACAUGGUCUACUUGCUCUACGCCAUUCCCGCCCGCCAGCAAGCCUCGCGAGUCUGCCCUGCGUGGGAGGGCGACAGUGCGGCGGCCGAGAAGGACGUCGCGCUAAGGUUGGACACGGGGCGCGAAGAACCCAAGGCGGGCGAGACCCUCGGCACGAUGAGUUUGCCGGGAGAGUCCUGCGAAGAGAGCCGCGGACAGCUGCUGGUGCGCUCGCCCGACGGCGAGACAGCCGGAGAAGCCUCGGCGCCGGUCUCCGCACUGCGUGCCGAAGGGCAGAGCGCCGGGCGCAGGUCGUUUUCCUCCUCUUCGCUUCUGGCAGCGGGCCGGGCGAUCGCCUCCUUCUCGUCGUCGCUCGCGGGCGUGCCUGUGGCUGGCUCGGGGGGCAGCGACGGAAACGGAUGCCUGCACCUGGGGGAUCUCUCGAGCGUUGGGCUCUUGAGCCUUUCGUAUCCGGCGAUGUUGGCUUUUAUUCUUCCUCUUCAGUCUCUCCUGCACACGGUGUCGGGAAUGAUUCUGAGUCUCCACAAGAAGCUCAUUCACCGAUUCAUCUGCGCGCAUCUCCAGCUGCUUCUCUCAGAGGACCGCGCGUUGGACGCCUCGCGGGAGCGGAAGAGGAGACACCAGAUGCAGGAGGAGAAAGCUCGUAAGAAGACGAACGUGUGUAGCCCCGAGGGAGGAAAUUCGGCUGUAGUAGAUGUGGCGCAGGCGCGCACAGAUGAGGCGGAGAGAGUUGAGCACUCCUUCGCUGCUCCCGACGCGACUUCGCUCGCGCAGAAUGCAAGUGGGCAACUACCCCCAUCUGCGCUCGGUGUGAGCCACGUGAAAGCCGUCCCGGAGCUUCUCUCGCUGAACUACUUGACGGAGGAAGCCUCCGCGCGGAAGCAGGGCACUGCGCCUAGCAGAGGCGCAGCCGCUGCCUUGGAGGACGAGGAGGGCCCGCAGAAGUCAGACGAAGAGACGACUUCCCUACUUUUGUCGACGACGCAGGCCCCCCAUCCCGGCGCGUCUGCGUCUUUCCUGGAUGGCGGCGACGGCGCUUUAUCUCCGCGCCCGUCCCUCGCCUCUGAGCCCUCGGCCCUAGGCCUUCAGGAGCUGGAGCAGGAGAAAGCCAAGGCGUUUUCUGGUCUCUUUCCCCCUUUCACCUCUUCCGUGUCACCCCUCGCGCCAGGUCGCGAGGCGUGA